CAAGACAUUUUCUUCUCUUAAAAGGACAAGACCAUGAGUAGAAGGUGUGGAUUUGACCAGAGACCAUGGCGACCAGUUUCGUGCUACUGCUGCUCUUUGUCCUUCAUGGAGCUGAUGCUUCUCAUAUUGUUGGAGGCAGAGAUUCUGCACCGCAAUCGCGCCCCUACAUGGCCUCGCUGCAAGUCCGAGGUCGCCACAAUUGUGGGGGAGUCCUUGUGAGAGAGGACUUUGUGCUCACAGCAGCACAUUGCCAGAUACCAAGACCGUACACAGUUGUACUUGGAGUUGGUUCCCUGACCGCUAAUGAGACGACAAAGCAGGAGUUCAGUGCGGUCAGAUCCUUUCCACAUCCCAACUAUGAUGGACACGCAAAUGACAUCAUGCUCCUAAAGCUCGACCGUAGAGCCCAACUGACUGAAGCAGUGCAGCUGAUCCCUCCGAAACCUGGAAGGCUCAGAACAGCCAGUCAGUGUAUCACAGUUGGCUGGGGGGAUAUAGGGGAUAACGGCACCUUAUCAAUCAGGCUCCAGGAAGUCAACGUGACCACCCUGCCACAGCCGACAUGUCAGAGAAGAUGGUUACGCGACCGUGUUCCUAUCACCAGUGCUAUGGUUUGUGGCGUAGGGGCCCGCGUCUUUCAAGGCUUCUGCUCGGGGGAUUCAGGUGGUCCGUUGGUGUGUGAUGGAGCCGCAGCAGGCGUCGUCUCCUUCUCUGGACGCCGAUGCGGAGACCCCAGAAGACCUGAUGUCUACACACGCAUAUCGUCCUUCAGGGAAUGGAUUAAAAACAUGUUAAGAAACAAUUAAGCUAAUUAGAUUGCAUGGUAAUCGUCAGCAUGCUCUACUUUGCAAGAUAAAGCUCUUUAAAAUAUACAAACACGUGAUGUUAUGUUGU